CCGCUCCCUUUGAACGCUCCUAAGGGAACUCCGAGUCGAGACUUUUUGUGUUCUAUCAGACUCCGCUUAGCUACGGCAGUACGCUUGUGCUUCUCUACCUUAAUUCAAGGAAAGUUUUGAGCUGUGAUCCUAGCAAAUUUUACUAGCUCCACGGGGGGCGGGGGUGUCCCCCUUCUCUUUCGAUCACCUGGGGGUUCAAUGUAACUGUUGGACUGUCCUUAAUUGCCAUUUUUGUGGUCGUGUUACAGUAAGCACGCAAUCCCGUGGUGCAGGAUCCUCAUAAGGAAAGCAGGUAAGGGGGUGCCAUGCCGGCCGCCGCUCCCCUGCUGCUCCUCCUCGCCAUCUGGUGGUGGCCCCUGGUACUGCUGCUGCUGUGCCCCGUUCCCUCGCCCGGCCGGGCGGCAGCCCCCCCCCCCCGACCCCCGCCCGCCCCGACCGCCCGUGACCGCUACGCACCUGACCGACGCCAGCCCCUCAGCCACCUCCUCCUGGACCCCGACACGGGGCACGUCUACGUCGGGGGCGUGAACUUCCUCCACCACCUCUCCCCGGACCUGCGGGCCGUCUCCUCGGGGAGGACGGGGCCCAAACUGGACAGCCCCGACUGCCUGCCCCCCAUCGACCCGCGCGACUGCACCCAGGCCCGGGAGACCGACAACACCAACAAGAUCCUGCUGCUGGUGGAGAGGGGGAGCGAGGAAGAGGAGGAGGAAGGGGGGGGACGGGACGAGGAGGACCGCCGGCGCCUGGUGGUGUGCGGGACGGUCCUGCAGGGCAUCUGCGAGAAGCGCAGCCUGGGCAACGUGUCCCGGGUGCUGUACCGCACGGAGAACCCGGUGGACACGCAGUACGUGGCGGCCAACGACCCGCGCGUGUCCACGGUGGGCGUGGUGGUGGAGCAGAGGGGCGCGCUGGUGAUGCUGGUGGGGCGCGGCUACACCAGCAAAGGCCCCGGCGGCAUCCCGCCGAUCACCACCCGCCGCCUGGCCCCCGGCCCCCGCCACUCGGCCCCCGCCUUCUCCCACGAGGAGCUGGGCAAGCUGGUGGUGGGCAGCUACUCCGAGUACAACAACAACUUCGUGGCGGCGCUGCGGCACGGCGCGCACGUCUACUUCCUGUUCUCGCGGCGCGACGUUCGCGGCCUGCGGGACUACCGCACCUACGUGUCGCGGCUGUGCGCGGGCGACACCAGCUUCUACUCGUACGUGGAGGCGCCGCUGGAGUGCCGGGGCGGGCACAACCUGGCGCAGGCGGCGGCGCUGGGCCAGCUCCGCGGCGCCCCCCACCUGUUCGUGGCCAUGGCGACGGGGCAGGCGUCCACGCCGGUGCCCGCGGCCCGCUCGGCGCUGUGCGCGUACGGCCUGGCGGAGCUGGACCGCGCGCUGGAGCGGGCGCAGCUGCUGUGCUACACGCAGGAGGGGCGCGGCGCGCAGGGCCAGGAGGAGGCCUACAUCGAGUACGAGGUGUCGUCCGCCUGCCUGCGUCUGUCUCAGAACGUCCUAAACGAGUACCCCUGUGGAGGGGAGCACACCCCGAGCCCCAUCGCCAGCGCCGUCCCCCUUUCGGCCGCGCCCAUCCUGACGUGGAACGAGCAGCUGACGGCCGUGGCCUCGGCCAACGAAGUGGGCCACACCGUCGUGCUGCUGGGGGACAGGAGGGGGCAGCUGCACAAGGUGUUCUUGAAGCCGGACGGAAAUGGAAGUCUGUAUGAGACGGUGCUGGUGGACAAGGACAGCCCCGUCAACGCUGACCUGCUGCUGGACGCUACCGGACAGAGCGUUUACGUCAUGACCCGGAGCCGGGUGACCAAGGUGCCCGUCUCUCAGUGUGGGCGACACACGGACUGCGACUCCUGCCUGUCUGCCUGGGACCCCUUCUGCGGCUGGUGUGUGCUGGAGGGCAGAUGCACUCGCAAGCUGGAAUGUUCCCGGCAAGAGCGGGCCAAUCACUGGCUCUGGAGCUAUCGUCACGGAAACAAGUGUGUGACGGUGGAGAGCCUCAGUCCAGCCGUUCAGAGCAGAGAGGAGCGGACGCAGGUCUUCCUCACAGUGGUGCAGUUGCCCUCUCUGUCGGAGGAGGAGGCCCUGACCUGCUCUUUCGGCGACCUGCGUGAUCAGCCCGCGGUUGUCAAGGAGAGCAUCGUGUGUCAAUCACCGCUGCCGGAGGACCUCCCACCAAGCCCUCCUGGCACGGAUCAUGUGACCUUGCCCGUGGCCCUGAUGUUUGGGGAGGUGAUCAUCUCUCAGGCCAACAUGACCUUCUAUGACUGCAGGGCAGCGGGACAGCUCAACAAGACCUCCCCGUGCAUGGCGUGUGUUGGCAGUUUGUGGCCGUGCCACUGGUGUGUUCUGGAUCAGCUAUGUACACACAGAGACAAAUGUGCCCAUCAACACAUCAUCUACAACAUGCUGUCCCAGGAGCUGGAGCCUCGGGGGGUGGAGUCCUGCCCCUGCGUUUCGGCCAUCCAGGGGUCCCCCCUGGUCCCCGUCGGCUUCGCCACCCAGUUGGUCCUGCUGGGGCGGAACCUGGACCUGUUUGAGGAGGAAGAGAAGUACGAGUGUGUGGUGGACAUAGAGGGGGAGGAGCUUAUUCUGGCCGCCACCGUGGAGAAAAGCAAAGAGCCACAGACUCACACCAUCACCUGCACGGCUCACCAGUUCCAGUACUCUGUCAGGCAGCUGGAGUAUGCUGCCCCCAUUUACCUGCUGAGAGGCCCCUCCCACCGCAUAGACUCCGCCCCUCACCUGCGAUUGCAGCUGUACAACUGCACAGUGGGGCAGGCGGACUGCAGCCAGUGCCACGCGGUGUCUGCGCAGUACGGCUGCGUGUGGUGUGGAGGCGCGGCUCCCGGCUGCGUGUACAAGCCCUCCUGUCCCGCCAGCCCGGAGGAGAGCUGCCCCCCUCCGCUGAUAACACGGAUCCACCCCCAGACUGGGCCCUUGGAGGGGGGUGUCCUGGUGACCAUCUGGGGCUCGAACCUGGGCCAGCAGUUCCAGGACGUCCAGGGAGGGGUGACGGUGGCGGGAGUGUCCUGCGUCCCACAGCCGGAGGCCUACCUGAUAUCCACCAGGAUUGUGUGUGAGCUGCAGCCCAGCGCCACGGAGACCCAGGGUCCGGUAACUGUUACCGUGGGAAACGCAGAAAUCGGACAGUCCGCACAGAUCUUUACUUACCAGAGUCCCCAGCUCAGCGGGAUAGUGCCGCUGAGGGGCCCAGUGUCUGGUGGGACGGCCCUCACGGUCCAGGGGACCCAGCUUCUGACAGGACAGAGAAGUGACCUAACAGCCUACGUAGGCCAACACCCCUGCUACAUAGUGGAGGAGGUUAACGACACACAGCUGGUCUGCCGCACCAGCCCUGGAAACCACACAGGGGAAGUGCAGGUCAAAGUUCUGUUUGGCAAAGCAGAGAGGGUUCUGGGAAAUGCAGUCUUCCAGUACACAGAUGACCCGACCAUCACUGAUGCUGAACCUGCGGAAAGUUUCAUGGGGGGUGGGCGUGGCAUUAAGGUCAGUGGGCGGAACCUGGAUGUGGUGCGGCAGCCAAUGAUAUCGGUGUUGACCGAACCGGAGGAACGCGUGAGGACGAAACGAUUCGCUCGACUGGCGGCAAAAAAUCCCGGUGUCCUGUUCGACAGCAGCGUGCCGAAGAUACAGGAGCCCUGCACCGACGUCUCCUUCGACCAGAUGACCUGCGCGACGCCGACUGUGCCGCCGAGGUCAAAGGUCGCCGGCGUGUGGUUCGAGAUGGACAACGUGAAAGUGGACUUCGCCAGCGUCAGCGGGAGGCCCUUCACCUACCACCGGGACCCCGUUCUGCACCCGCUCAACCGGGACGACCCGGAGGCCCCUUUCCGCUUCAAACCCGGCGGGGUCAUCGCCGUGCAGGGCGAGAAUCUGACCCUGGCCAUGACCCGGCAGGAAGUGGUCGCCACGCUGGGGCAGGAGGAGUGCGAGAUGAAGACGUUGGACAGCACCCACCUGUACUGCGAGCCCCCGGAAACGCAACCCCUCAGCCGGGACAACUCCGACAACCCCCCCACCCUUCGCGUGGUGAUGGGGAGGGUGAAGUUUGACCUGGGGCCCGUGCUGUACGACGGUGAUGCUCUCUCCCCGCUCCCCCUCCCCGCACAAGUGGGCCUGGCAGCCGGGGCCGCGGUGGUGGUGCUCAUCGUGCUGGUCAUCAUCCUCAUGUACAGGAGGAAGAGUAAGCAAGCUCUGCGGGACUACAAGAAAGUGCUGGUUCAGCUGGAGACCCUGGAGAUUAACGUGGGUGACCAGUGCAGGAAGGAGUUCACAGAUCUCAUGACUGAGAUGAUGGACCUGAGCAGCGACGUUGGGGGUCCGGGGAUCCCCCUCUUGGACUACCGCACGUACGCGGAGCGCGUUUUCUUCCCCGGCCAGCGGGGGGCGCCGCUGAGCCAGAACCUGGACCUGCCGGAUUCCCGCCGGCAGACGGUGGAGCAGGGCCUGGGGCAGCUGAACAACCUGCUCAACAACCGCCUGUUCCUCAUCAGGUUCAUCCACACCCUGGAGGCGCAGCAGAGCUUCUCCCAGAGGGACCGGGGCUACGUGGCGUCCCUGCUCACCAUGGCCCUGCACGACAAGCUGGAGUACUUCACCGACGUCAUGAAGACGCUGCUCGGCGACCUGGUGCAGCAGUACGUGGACAAGAACCCCAAACUCAUGCUGCGCAGGACUGAAACAGUGGUGGAGAAGAUGCUGACCAACUGGAUGUCCAUCUGCCUCUAUUCCUUCCUCAAGGAGGUUGCUGGGGAGCCCCUGUACAUGCUGUACCGGGCCAUUAAGUACCAGGUGGAUAAAGGGCCCGUGGACGCAGUGACGGGGAAGGCCAAGCGCACGCUCAACGACAGCCACCUGCUCCGAGAAGACAUCGACUACUGCUCUAUGACCCUGACGGUGCUGCUGAAGAGCGGGUCCGAGGUCCAGCACUGCCCGGUCAAGGUUCUGGACACGGACACCAUCACGCAGGUCAAGGACAAGAUCCUGGACCAGACGUACAAGGGGGCGCCGUUCUCCCAGCGGCCGGCGGCCGACUCGCUGGACCUGGAGUGGCGAUCCGGACAGGCAGGUCACCUGACCCUGUCUGAUGAUGAUGUCACCGCCAUCGUCCAGGGACGCUGGAAGAGGCUCAACACCCUGCAGCACUACAAGGUGCCGGAUGGUGCCACCGUGGCUCUUAUCCCUCGCUCCCAGAGUUCUGUGCAAAUGGGCGUCAGUCAGGUCUACCAGACUGGAGAGAAGACGCCCAUGUUGGAAGGUGAGGAAGAGGAAGGUGUGCGUUUGUGGCACCUGGUGAAGUCCAGCGAGGAUCCCGAAAUUCCCAAACACCGCAAGAGCAGCAUGAGGGAGCGGGAGAGAGCCAAGGCCAUCCCUGAAAUCUACCUCACCCGCUUGCUGUCCAUGAAGGGCACGCUGCAGAAGUUUGUGGACGACGUGUUUGUGGCCAUACUCAGCACCAAGCGGCCGCCGCCCAUCGCCGUGCGCUUCUUCUUCGACUUCCUGGACGAAAUGGCGUUGAAGCACGGCAUCGAGGACCCGGAGACCGUGCACAUCUGGAAGACGAACAGCUUGCCCUUGCGGUUCUGGGUGAACAUCUUGAAGAACCCGCAGUUCGUCUUUGACGUGCAGGUGACGGACAGCGUGGACGCGGUGCUGUCCGUCAUCGCUCAGACCUUCAUCGACUCGUGCACCACGUCCGAGCACAAAGUGGGCCGGGACUCUCCCGUGAACAAAUUGUUAUACGCCAGAGAGAUCCCCAGAUACAAGCAGCUGGUUGAAAGGUAUUACAGCGAUAUCCACAGUGCGGUUUCGGGCUGCUACCAGGAGAUGAACUCCACCCUCACGGAGCUAUCGGGGAGCUUUGCGUCAGAGAUGAACAGUUUGGUGGCGCUGCAUGAACUCUACAAAUACAUCAAUAAGUACUACGACCAAAUCAUCAUGGCCCUGGAAGAGGACGCCGCCGGGCAGAAGAUGCAGCUGGCCUACCGUCUGCAGCAGGUCGCCGCCUUGGUGGAGAACAAAGUCACCGACCUUUGACCCCUGCUGACUGUCGCCAGCAAAUGGCGUUGGAGCAGGGCGCUGCACUCAGGGGGCGGGGGGGGGGGCCAGCUGAGGUUCACGAACCCCAGUGGAAAUACAAGCCUGUGCUGACACUGGAGCCCUCAAUCAAUUCCUCUUUGGAAAAUUGGAUUUCUUUUUAGGAAUUUUCUAAAAAUGGAUUUGGCAAGGGAACUUAAAAAAAAAAAAAAAAAAAAAAUCAUUUGUCGGAAUAAUGAAAAUGACAAAGCAGGAAAUCGUUUUUGUUCUGCGGGUGCGUGUGUGUGUGUGUGUGAUCGCCGUUAGCACGCGUGUGAGCAUGUGCAAGUGGACGUGUGUGCUUUUGAGUCGGUGAGCCGUCACAAAUUGCGGUAAUGGCUGUCGUGGUCAGUGAAUUAUCGGAUUCGCAUUUUUUGUGCAUUUUCUGAUUCCAGGGGUCUUUUUUUUCAUAAUCGUGGGAGCACUGAAAGUGAAUCUGCAGAAUGUGCUGUUAAACCUGUGGGAAAAGUAAUGGCAUUUUUAACAGGUUUUGUGUUGCAUUUUCAGGAAGCACCACUUAAGACACCGGUCAUGAUGCUGGAGAUCUCUGUUUAGUUGCUAGUUUAUUCCUACCAGUUGGACGGACGCAAGCUAUUUAUACUUAAAUGAAAACCAGCUAGAAAAUGAUAAACAUCCAAGAGCAUGUUCUGAUGUUUUAAGUGUCUGAACUAUCAUGUGUCUCAUCAUUUGUGUGGAUGUGACGAAACGGUGGGAAUAUUGUGGUUACUGCCUCAGACUGAGGGAGAAGUCAUGCAGUAUGGGGAGAAAUUUUUUAAGGAUGAAAAAAAUGUCCACAGUCAAUCUUUUUAAAUGUGAAAAUUUGAAAGGGGUUUUGUAGUCGUAUGCAUAUUAAUCCUGUUCCGUUUAAUUCCGAACAGAAAUGUCUCCGUUUUUAAAAUGCAGUUGCAGUUGUAUUAUCAGCCUGUUUAAAAUGGUUGCACAUAUAGUUUGAAUAAUUCUUCUCUGUUUGAGCCCUGACUUAACCAAUAGGCAGUCAUUUGAACUGAAGCACCGAUACAGCAAUUUGCUGUUUUAUUUGUUUCCAAGAAGAUGGGAGUUUUUCCUCAGCAAGGGAAAUGGAAACUGUUUGUAUAUCUCUACUGUUAAUCUUUUUUUUCUGGGUUUCAUUUGAUAUGAACUGGGUUAUCUGGGUUAACUAUCAAUGGAAUGGUGCGGGAAAUAUUGAGAAUCUGUUGUUGCUUAAAGAUGAUUCUUAAGCAGGUUCAACACAGAUUCUGCUAGAUAUUAAGGAGCUUAGGCUGUUUUCUGUGCUUUCAAUAUCAACUGAAAAUGAAACGAUUUAAAAUCUUGAACAUAUUUGCAUAUUUGUUCCCUGACUGGGCCUCUUCCACAUGGUUCUCUGGGGUUCCAGUUGCCCAGUUGCUGUCAGAUGACAAAGACUUACCCUGGGGCAACCCUUUUUAAAUACAUUUAAAAAAACAACAAAAAAAAACAACACUAUUCAUUUCAGUCAGCGAUAGUCUCUGAGGUGUUUUCGUACACCUCAACUGAAAUUAACAGUAUUGGUUUGUUUGGGUCAUCAAACAGCUUCUCAUUUUAUGUAAAUAUACAGCACUGCUUUGCCGGCAAGUGUGUAGCAAUAAGGAGCACAGCAGUUGAGAUGGGCGGGACCAGGUGAUACGAGGCAUACGAUUGGUGGAAAUGUGCACACAAGUAACCUGGGGGAUGGUGUGGGGGGUGGGGGUGGGGGGGGCAUUCUUAGAUGGACACUGUAUAGAGACUAACUUAUUUACUGUAAAUAGUGCUUAUUUAUACACAAUUGCCAAAUGUGCCUUCUUUUGAAACACUUUUUAAAAAAACGGUAACUGCUAAAUGACACGUGCUUAAAUGCAUUUCCUGAAAUGUUUGCCAAAUAAAAACGGGUGUGGCAAAAUGGCGGUGGAUUUGUCCUCAGCAGCAAUAUCUGAAUGAGCAUCCGAUUCGAUAAAGGAAACAUCAAACAGACCAAUGGCUGAUAAGUUCUGACGCUAUUGUUGGUGAUGGGAGCCAAAUGAACUUUUUUUCCCCCCCUCAUCGAUUGGCUCUUGGGAGCUCCUGGAUCGUCUUUCUGUAUUGUUGGUCAGAUUCCACACACACUCUCUGCCUAGGAACACAUCUGCUUUUUAUGAUCGGAUCGAUCUUGCAGUGGCUCGAGUGGGGAAAAAGAGAAAAAUGGCGGUGGUGUUGGUGUACAUAGAGAGAGUUUUAGUAGAAAUCUGUAGGUUGAUUUUACGGUUAUAUUUACAGUUUUUGUUAUUAACGUGUUUUUAUCUGGCACUUUGUUUUACGUUUUGGUUUAUUUUAGAUCCCCCCCCCCCCCCACCACCACCUUAUUUUUCUUUAAAACUUCUAGACAACGUGUAAAGCAAAAUUUGGGUGCGCAGAAGAGUGUCAUUUGUGAGCCCUGGGGCUAUAUGCAGGAUACCUGUUAGGUUUAUCUAGAGGGAAGCUUUACCCGGGUAACACAAAACAUUCUCGCAAUGUUGCUGCCAUGUAGUGCCAAUGUUAUAACGUUCACAAAACAUUCCAUUAACACUGUGAGAACAUUUUGUGUUAACUGGAAGGAAUUUGCUUCUGUGCGUGGUGCAUACAGAAAUAAGAAAUCUAAAUCAGUGCCACCAGAGUCCUAUAUUGCACGAAACGUAGCCUUUCUGUUCAUUUGUUUCUUUAAUUUAUUUCUAUAUUUAUUUUUUAUUUAACUGGAGGUAUCUGGGUUGUUCCUCAUGCCUUGUGAGGCAACAGCACAGUAUUCCCCAACACCCCCUGCCAACUUUUACAACCUGUAUAGUCGAAGAGCCAAAAACACCACUCCACACUGCUGUGAAUGUUAGAUUAUUAUUUAUGCUUGUGUUCGCCUAUUUGUGUUUAGCUGUCUGUGUUUUGCCGUUGGUAGUGUUCUUGGUUAGUAUAAUUUCCCCUUGCAUGUUUGUGAUUUAAUAUGUUCAGUGCUUGGCUGAAUAUUUGUGUAUACUGCUUGGUUGGAUGUUUGUAUAUGAGUGUGCGUGCGUUGGUGUGUGGGUGCUAAGCUUAUAAAUGUCUAGUCUUUGCGUGGAUACACUUGUCGAUGUCAGUAAAACAAUUGCCACUGGCAGACAAAAAGAUUCUUUUAGUAACAACUGACAUUUUUGAUACACUGAAGAGACUGAUAGCACAAACAAAACUGAGUCUCCUGUCUUCCUGUUUGUCGUACUUUUCCCUGACCCCGUCAGACUCUUUCCAAGUCUGUUUCCUUUUCAUCAUUUCAAAAUGGCUGUCAACUCUGCCCUCAGUAGAAGCAACAGAAAGAAACAUUUUUCGUCAUUCCGUUUCACGAAAGUGGUGAAGUAGUUGGGAAUCGGGCCUGGGGAUUUAUGAGCACAAUCCACAGUUGUUUUUUUUUUUAAUGUCCCGAAGGAGAAGCAAUAAGGAAUGGCUUUCAGAAGGCCCUGGAGCUAAAAGAGGACUGGACCCAGCCUAAUGUUUUACACUAUUUUCUAUUUGUAUUGUGAAUAGUUUGCUAACCAUUGUGUAUAUGUGCCUGUAAAUAUCGUGAAGAGAAUCCGUUCUUACUAUACAGUUGAAUGGAACUACUGUACUGCUGUAUCAUUUACUGAAAUUUUGGAAGUUAAAAGGAUGAAUUGAAUGAUUUAUAUGGGGAAGAAUAAAGUUAUAAUUUUAACAUUGAA